GUGCUGAUACCUAGUUGUUUGAUGGUAGUGGACGGCGGGCCGGCCAUAAGCUGCACGUUGAAGAUCGCUUGGCCUCGACCAGGCCCUGCAAGGUACCUACGUUGCAGAGGCGUCCAGGGCAGCGUGGGGAUUGGCGGGCGCGUGAAUCUCUGCACGAUGUACUCGCGAGGUACAGGUGGGCUCUGGUCAUCGCUGCUGACGCCCACAGGCCACAUGAAUGAUCCUCUCAGAGGAGAGGAUCGACGUGGAUACUCAUGACUGGAGUCGGGCGACGUACGCAGGGAGGGAACUGUUGUCAUUGGCUCAGGGGUGGAAAAAGGUACCGUAUUAGCUCCCGUUUGGCGCUCUCCUCCCUUUCACAGACCCGCAUCCCCUCUGACGGCAGGGCGUCGGGCUCAAAAAGCAGACCUGUGCGGCGUGGAAAUGAGUUAGCGGAAAUUGAACCUUGUCCCUGGUUUGCUCUCGUGUGUUACUCCUCUUGGCCCAGUGUCUUCCCACUUUGUUCGCUGCUCGCUCCUCUCGUUCGAAUCCUGAUCGGGAGAUCCGCUCUUUGCUUCCUUUCUUCGACUCGCCACCGCAGUGCGUGUGCACUUUCGCUCGUUCAAUCGCUAUUUCCAACUAUAUACGCUCCUUAACUCACACUAUUCCGCUACUUCGAUACUCUUCCGCCCGCCGAUGCACCCCGAGAGUCGACUAUUGCAACGUCUUUCCCUGUUGAACGCGAAUCGCGUUUUUUGUAUCUGA